GUGAGGGGAGGACCCAGAGCCGGCUCGAGCUCGGGGUUGCCCUUAGUCACAUUACCUUCGGGGGGAGGAGGAGGAGGAGCCGUACAACAGCAGCAGCAGGGGAAGGAGGAGCACCAGCCUGACAUCACAAUUCCUCUCCCUGCCCCGGUGAGCGAGUCAGGCCAGGCAGCAGCUGGGGUGGGGAGCGCUCGGUAGUGGUUGCACUGCACCCCCGGCCUGCUGCCCAAGCGCGCAGCGGCGAUGCGCCCUCCACUGCCCGGCUAGGCGCAGUGAGCCCCCGCGCAGGAUGAGGGAGCUGCCCGGCGCUUCGCUGCAGAAGGCUUGCCGCCUCCUCGUGGUCUUCUGCAUCAUCCACCUCUUGGCCGUGUUCUUCUACUACCUGUCCGGCAGCACGCUGACCUUCCAGUGGAGCUCGGAGCCGUCUCCCCGAGGCCCGGCACCCACCCGUCGGGAGCCGCUGGCGGUGGCGGUGCUCAGUACCAACCUCUCCAAGCCGGACGUGGAUUGCCCCGACCUCUCCCCGCUACUCGUUGGCCCAUUGAGGAUAGAGUUCUCCCAGACUGUGAAUUUGAAAGAUGUGGCAGCGGAAAACCCAGAAGUCAGGGAAGGAGGCCGCUACACCCCAAAGGACUGCAAAGCACUUCAGAAAGUAGCCAUUAUCAUCCCCUUCAGAAAUCGAGAUGAACACUUGAAAUACUGGUUGUAUUUUCUCCAUCCAAUUCUUCAAAGGCAGCAACUGGAUUAUGGAGUGUAUGUAAUUAACCAGGAUGGAGAAGAAACGUUUAAUCGUGCAAAACUUCUGAACGUAGGUUUCACGGAAGCUUUGAAAGAAUAUGAUUAUGACUGCUUUGUAUUUAGCGAUGUUGACCUGAUCCCUAUGGACGACCGAAAUACCUACAAAUGUUACCAGCAACCCAGGCACCUCUCUGUGUCCAUGGAUAAGUUUGGAUUUCGCCUGCCUUAUACUCAGUAUUUUGGAGGCGUUUCUGCUUUAAGCAAGGAGCAAUUCCAAAACAUUAAUGGUUUCCCCAAUAAUUACUGGGGCUGGGGUGGCGAAGAUGAUGACAUUUAUAAUAGGUUGGUUUUUAAAGGCAUGAGGAUCUCCCGCCCAGAUGCUGCGAUUGGAAAAUGUCGAAUGAUUCGCCAUUCAAGAGACAAUAAAAAUGAGCCCAACCCACAGAGGUUUAACAAAAUUGCACAAACAAAGGAGACAAUGAAGUCUGAUGGCUUAAACAGUCUGACAUACAAGGUAGUAAAAACUGAGAAACUCCCUUUGUAUACAAAACUCACAGUGGAUAUUGGAUCACCAAAGAGCUAGUGUUGGAGAACUGCAAUGGAAGAUGUGGAGAACUUAACCAGGCUCUGCUCAUCCUAUCGGAAUUUUAUACCUGCUGUCUUUAUUAUAGUGAACAAGAGAAAUAAUGCCUUGUUUUGCCAUUCCAUGGCCCUUCAGUUGGCUGGACAAUGAGAAUUUUAAUCCCAAACUUUUCUGUAUAAACCUUUCUAGCUCUUUCUCUCUUGUUAUGUGUCACUUUCAAUAUUGUACAUAGAUGUUUGUAAAUAUGUCUGUUUUCAGGGAAUGGUGGAGACUGGUGAGCACAAUUCACCGGGAAGGUCUCCUGUGCAAACCUCACUGAAAAGAAUGAAACUUUUGCAAAAGCACGUAUGCAUUUGUAGAGCUCUCAUUCCUUUCAGUGGGGCUUGCACAAGAGACCUUCCAGGAGGAUUGUGCCUUACAUGUUUACUGCAGUACUCUCCACUUUAAGUAAUAGUUGCACACAGCCUGGGAAAUGUUCCUGCCUUACAGCUCAUUUAUAUAUUCUGCAGUUAUGGGCCAUUCCCCUUCUACUCUGCAAUUUGAAUUUCAAAUUAGAUAACAUUUAUAAAAAUUCAGUACUGUUAUUACAGUAAGAAGGACUGGAAAAUGCUGCUAAAGUUGUAUGAGUUUACAUGCUCUGAUGUAUUUUCCCUCAGUGUAGGCAGAAUCAUUCAUUCUUGCCUAAUUGCAAUUGAAAUAACAGGUUUUUAAAAUUGUGCAUAGCAAAAGAAAGUGGUCUUAAAUUUUGUUCUGUUGGCAGAGGAGAUUUUAAUAAUUCAGGCCUCUUUGCUAUAAAAUAGCUUUCUGUAGCAAAAGUACUUAGACUCUGAGCUAAAGUGCAAAGUACUGUUCACUUGUACGUUGCAGGGAAAACUCUCAGUCUCAUAACUGUGCUUCCUUACCAAGAGGAGAUAGUAAGAAAUGCACUGGACUGUACCAUAGUUGAGUGCAGUUCAAUCUCUUUUGCCACUUAAAUGAAGUCCCCCAGAUUUUCAAAGAUUUUCAUACUGGCUUCAGAUAUACACCGUACAAUCCAAAUCAUAUAAUGUUCCCUCUCCAUGAUGAAGUGAAUGGGCAGGCGUACACAUGAGCCUGAGACUCUAGGCCAAAACAGGUCCAAUGCAGGCCAUGGGUAAAGUGUUCUGCACACAUCACAUCAUGUUUAAAUGCCCUUUCUACAUGGAUCAGCCCACUCACAUGUAGCUUUAGUAUGCCAAUAGCACAUCUGCCUAGGCCACCAAUUGCUGGCGUGCUGAGGCUGUAUGCAAAUGGGCCAAUCCACAAGGUAAGAGCAUUUAAAUGUGAUGGGGUGUGUGUGGAAUGCUUAUAUCAGUAGCCCACAUCACAUCUGUUUCAGUCCUUAGAGCUACAAGUUGCAGACGAUCUGUUGUCCCGCGUCCCAGCUUCCAGGUAUCUCACAAAUGCACUGCGCAUUGAGUAUGCUGCAUUGGGGGAUUCUCCCAGGAGAUGGGUGUUCUUGGUGCCCAUCUCGGUAUUUCCCCUGGCUGAACGCAGCCCGAGAAGACACAGGAUCCCGGCGUCUGGGUUAAUGGCACGCUGGCACCGUUAGCCCAGGCUAAAAGCCAGACUAAAAAGCCGGGCUAGGCAGCACUGUCUCCUGGGAUCUGGGCUUCCGUAGCCUGGUUUAGGCUUCGUGUGAUAACAGCCUCGUUAUGUUACUCACAUGGCAGGUAGCUCUGCUCUGCUUCUACAGAACUAGGACUGUGCAUCACAUCAAUAAUCAGUUUGAUAAUCAGUUUGAUUCCAGAGAAUUGUUCCCCUGAUUCCAGAGAAAAGUUUUCCAAUAUUGGCAGUUGAUUUGAUGCCGUACUGAACUGCAUCAGUAUUGCAUUGAACAGAAUUGAAAAGCGCGGGUGGGCUUACCUUUACUGGAGAGAGCUGGCUUCUUUGAAGAAUCCAGCUGCCUUCUGGCAGCUGCAGUAACAGCAUUUCAAAACGAUGCCUUUCCUUUCCUAGUACUGCCCUGUAAUGCACCAGGAAAAGAAGCAGCGCUGUGAUGUUGUGUCCUUUUCCUGGUGCAUUACUAAAUGGCCAUGCCCUGUAGUAAUAGGAUGUAACCAUUCUCCCCCACCCCUGAACAGUUGUGCCCUAGUAAAAGGAUGUAACAUCAUGACUUUGCUUCUUUUCCUGGCACCUAGCCUACUUCACAGGGUUGUUGUGAGGAGAAACAUAAGUAUCUAGUACUUAUUAGUACUUAGUACUGGGCUCCUUGGAGGAAGAGCGGGAUAUAAAAUGUAGUAGUAGUAAUAAUAAUAAUAAUUAAUGGGGCAGUACCAGGCAAGGAAAGGUGGCAUUUUGAAAUGCUGCAGUUGCUGGGAGGAAGUUGAUUUCCAAUGUAGUCUUGAUCAUUGUUAGCACCAGGCAAGAAUAGUUGAGAUUGAGAUCAGCUCAGUAACAGGGCUCAUGCACAGCCCUAUGUGGGGGCAGGGACAUUGAUUUCCAACAGCAGAUUGCAAGUGGAGCAGGGAAUUUGAGGGAAAGGAGCAGGGAAUAUUAGCCACAGGAGCAAGAAACCUAGCCAGCCCACACCUUCUUCCAUUUAACAAGCAGGUGUUCAGCCAAGAGUGAAUGUGAUGCACCUCCCUCCUUCCCAGAAGCGCAGGGGUGGGGAAGCCAGCUUUUCUAGCUACUCCUGCUUGUAGGGACUGCUUAUGGAGGGAGCCCUUCAGCGUUCUAUACAAUCAGAGCAGAGUUACAUACCAUGUGAGUAACAUUAUGUGCAGCUCGGCUUUUAUACCAGACUGAGAGUUCUCCCCAAAUACAGAGGCGCUUUUACCCCUGGACUUCGAAGUCCAGGACCUCCAUGCCCCCUGCCCCCCACCCGCCAAAUGGUAUUUAGUCUGUCCUGGGUGGUGUGUUUUGUGCCCUCAAGAACCUCUGUGUUCAAAAAUGAUGCUUAACUUGCAGCUGGGUGGGGAGUGCUCCAAAGGCCUUUAGAAGCAGGCUCCAAAAUCACCUAGGUGCAGCUCUGCCCGAAUAUAAGGAGGGAACAGGUCUUUGGUGUGGUAGAGCCUCAUAAAAGUGAGUGGCAAGCUGCAGUUUUGGAUGGUGUUGGGCAUUGCUGUUAUUGGCUGGACCCCCAGUCUGCAGUUGGAACAUGCAACUAGAAGCACAUGGAACCAAUCCCUGAGAACAGAAGGUAGGAUGUAGCAGAGGAGUUUCAUGAGCCCACAUUGCACCAUUCUGUUUGUAGAAAAUGGCACCCAUGCACAGCCCACAGAUGGGCAGGGUUUCAGGGCAAGCACUAGCCAUAGAUAGCUGAAGGGUUUGGGUGCACUGGGUAAGCACAGCAAAUGCCCUGUUUGGAAGCACCUUAUUGAGCAGGGGGAGUAAGGGUUCACCUUUUAUUUUUAUUUUUUUGCUCCACCAGGCAGCCUAAGCCCACACUGCCUCUGUAAAUCGAAACAGAAAGGGUGAGGCAGUGACCCAGUGGUGUAACCCCACUGAAGUCAAUAGAACUACAAUGUGUAAUUGCUCAGUGAAGCCUCUUUGUUCUUGGCACUGCCUAAAAUACAACUGGCGUAAAAUUAAACAUCCUGACCGGAUUGCCUUAAAAAUGAAUGUACAGUUUCAGUUUGCUUUAUACUGUUACAGUGCAACCUCUUUCUCAGUAAGGAAUGGCAAAUAUUGUAGUUUGCAAUUGUGGGAUCACAAAGUGGCCUGUUUUAAAAUGUCUUGUCAGAUAAGUUUACUGCUGUAAAAGCCUAAAUAUUGUAUAAAUGUCAAGCAAACAUUUAUUUUCCUUGCAGUGUUGUAUGUAAAACUUGAAAUGUCCUGUCAUUGUUAUUAUUACAACAUGUUAGUAAGAUAUUAUGGAGGAACAUCUAUAAAAACUAAUUGUACCAUAAAGCAGCAUGUUAACACCAUCAGUAUAGCAGGCAAAGACAUGUUUAAAUCAUACUAAAAGGGGGUUUAUGCACUUCAUUAUUUUUUUUAAGCCACCCUUGUGAGCUUGCCUGUACAUUCCAUGGAUAGGUUGGGACUUAAAAGUGUGGCAAAGUCACACCUUCUGUAUUGAUUAGUAUAUCUUGAGUGCUUGAGAGUUUAGGUCAACGUCUCCAAAUCUAAUUUUUUUUUUUUUUUAAUCUGAGUGACUGCAUACCUUUGAAACCUCCAGCCUGCUUGGCUAUUGUAUCACUGCCCCCCACCAUCAGAUUGUCCAUGGGGAAAGAUUGCAGGGUUGCUAGAUUGUCAAAUUGUAAUCCCUGUCCUAGAACCUCAAAAUUCUUGGGUUUUGCUCAGAACAUACUUUUUUUCAAUAUUUAUUUAUAACUGUAUAUUGUUGGGGGAAAUAAUAUCUAUAUUCUACUUUUACAUGGGUUUCCCAGUAGUCUCCCAUUCGGGGGACGGAUCCACACCUGCUUAGCUUCAGCUAUGCUUAGAGUGUCAGGCACUCCCAAACCAUUGUGGGGCCUGCUCAGAACGGCUCAUGUAUGGUGGGGAGGCUUCAGCAUUAAGCCUUUCCUGCACUCCCUCCUCUUUCUUUCAGAAGCACCACCCUGAGCCUCUUGACCUCAGCUAAGUGCCUUGGAGGAACAUGGCUGCCAUAUUUCUAAGCAAUUCUUACCUCAGGCAGCAAUGGCCGGGCCCAAGCAUGUUUAACCCCUGGGUGCAGGGUUAUCCCCAUUUCUGCCCUAGUGCAACCCACCCACCCCCUUCAGAGACAAAACAAAAUAAAACAACUCCAGUCUUUUCUGCUUCACUUCCUCCGGAGCACUGCCAAAGGGAAAGCUGUCCACAAUUCACCAUUCUAGACAAACUAGAGGGGGAAAAGCUUUCACUGACUCAUCUGCUAUUGCAAAAUAGGCGUUGCUUUUGCAAUGAGAGAAGACACACAUGUGGCAAUUUCCUGCUGGUUUGGGGGCAACAACGGCAGUGAAGUAGAGAAAACCUACCUCUUGGUCUAGUUAUCCAGAACAUUCUUCUACUAAUACUCUUGCUUUGAGGCUUGCCAGCCAUGCUAGGAACUGCUGUCAUAGUGCCUUUCCAAUAAACAGCUGGCGCUACAGUUGUGCCACAGGGAGCAAUCCUGAAUCUCUCUGUUUUCAUACAUGAGCGCAAACGGUCCCAUAUGGAAUGCCCUGAUUCUCAUAUACAACAAUUCUGAUGUGUGUGAGAAAGGUUAGAGCAGGUCCCACUCACUCACUCCCUGUCCCCCGGGGCCUGUUCCCCUUUCCACAAAGAGAACUGAAUGACCAUAGUGUGCAAUUCCACAUAUAUCUGAAUGCUGGAUCCCGCCCCCCCACCCCCCGAGCUUUGAAAUAAAGCCAUCUUUAAAGACUGAACAUUUCCCAGGAGAUCCCAUAUCUAGAGAAUUUUGGUCUGGUGAUUAAUCUCUUCUUACAGUGAGAGGAGUUGGGGAAGGAAGGUACAGUAUUUUCUGGAGCGAAUACAAGCUGUGAAUUCCACAUACUGAAGCCCUGACUUGUGUGAUUUGUUCUAAUUCGACUGAAUGAAGGGGGAAAGGCACACAAAGAAUGUUCACAUGCUUUUAUUUAGCUUUAUUCUGCUGGGAUUUUUAUGGUCUUCGAGAUUCUUUGUUGUUAGUCUUCAUGCAUGUUCAAUUUUCACUCUUAUUUAUUUAAAUGUACAAGCCAAAUACAUGAGCCAAAUGCUUAGCCUUUCACUAUUGGAUAUAAAACCAGAACUAAAAAACAGGCAGAAUUCAGAAUAAGUUAGUCAUGACUAAACACUAUUAAAUAAAUGACAAACUUUUCCCAUUAAUUUCAAUGGGAAAAGACUAACUUAGUCUGUAUCUUGCCCAAAGGUCUAUAACUGGAGAUUUAUUUGUCUCCCUCCCCCCGCUACCCACCCCUCCCCCCAUCGCCUUUAAUUUCAUGUUUGGACAGGAUUGCAGUCACUCUAGAAAUGACUCUUAGCUUGAGAGGUCAGUGAGGAUAUUUUGAAAUAAAAAUUUCAAGAUUUGUUACCAGCUAGACAGAUUUAGAACGAGGGGUCUGUUGUUCAGGUGUUUGUUACCAUGGAGGAUUUAGACCCAGCAAUUAUUUUUGGGUACUCUCCCACUCCUCUGGUGCCAUCUCUGUCUGAAUGCAGUAUCUUUCAGAUAAGCCCAGAAAAAAAUAUGGGAGGAGUUCAGUUGUGGAAGCAGGAGAUGAUUGUGCUCAAAGGCAUGCACUAUGGCCUGGAUCAGACAUAUGUUUUCAUUGUAGUGGUGAGGUGGGCAUUCACACACCCAAGACUGUUUCUAGGAGGAAAUGUCAACUCAGUCCAUAAUAAAUUAACAGGCCCAGCAGGCAACCUGGUGUGUGUGCGUGCUUUAGAAGCAUCGGCUUCUUGUUCUUAUUCAGUGGCUCCCUAUUAAUAAUUCUUCUUUAGAUCCAGAAUGUAAAAGAAAUGUGGGGGCGGGGGAGCAUGAUUAACCUAUUGCCAAAAUUAUCUGUCUCUUAAGUUUUAGAGAGCUACCAGAGUGCCCAUCCUUUCAUAAAUAUGUUAGUAUUUUUUAAAAUACGCAAAAGGCUGGUCUUGUGGUAGCAAGCAUGACCUGUCCCCUUAGCUAAGCAGUGUCUACCCUGGUUGCAUAUGAAUGGGAGACUAGAUGUGUGAGCCCUGUAAGAUAUUCCCCUCAGGGGAUAGAGCCACUCUGGGGAGAGCAGAAGCUUCCAAGUUCCCUCCCUGGCAUCUCCAAGAUAGGGCUGAGAGAGAGAGUCCUCGGAGACUCUCUUGCAACCUUGGAGAAGCAGCUGCCAGUCUGUGUAGACAAUACUGAGCUAGAUGGACCUAUGGUCUGACUCAGUAUAUGGCAGCUGCCUAAGUUCCUAGGUUGAAGUCCUAUGACUUUCAGAGAUAUGAAGACAGACAAUCGUUUUUAAACGAGCUGAAAGUUGUUUUCGCUUCCCAUGGUGUGUGCAGGAGCAUCUUCUGUUCCAUUGUUGCCUCUGAUCAUAGGCUGUUCUCACAAGCAGCCAAGACUGGGCUAAGGAAGCCAAGACGGGACUUGGCUGCUCAUAAGAACUUCCAGGAGGCAUGCAGCUGCCUGUGGCAUCUUGGUGGCCAGCCUGCCUCGUAAACGAGGUCCAGGAGCGAGUGCUCCCUUAACCAGGUUUCCCUGAUGGUGUGGCUGAAGCCCUGAUGGGUGCCUACCUAUCGCUGGGGGGGAACCCCACAAUGUACCGUGCACCCAUGCAGUACAUUGUGGGAUUUCCGGGGGCUGGAACGAUGUGUCCCAGGCCCUGCGUCAGUGUGCUCCCUGGACUGUCUGGGCGCAUGAUCCACAUGCCCAGACUGUCCUUGGAGAUUGUCUGUGGGGGAAGGCGGGCCUCUGUAGCCUGCCCUGUCCGCCCGGUUGUGAGAAUGACCUUGAUGAGUGCAUGAGCAACUAUCCCUCUCUCAAACCACUUUUAACUCUGAAAAAACUAGCACUUUGUUGGAUUUCUGUAGACAUUUAAAAUGCUGAUCAAAUGAGCUCGAGCAGUUAUGCAGCCUUCUUUGUUCUGAGCUUUGUGUAAGCUCAGAACAGUAGAGUACAAUAUUCUUUAUAUCCUACAGAUAUACAUACUAUGCAAGCAACUUUUAAGUUGCCUAAGAUUACUAGCUUUGCCCUAUAUGUGUGCAUGUGCACAAAGAUCAGGAGAAUUACCAUAGAAACCACAUUUGGUUAUUGGAUAUGACGUUUUAGCUCUCGGCAUCAAAGAUUUUGACAAAAGUGCCUUAAAAUUUGUUAAUAGAAGGGGAGGAAAGGAGGGAUUCUCUUCUUAGGACAGCAUUUGAUAAGAUGUUGCUGUGGACUGAUUUUUGUCUUGUUAAGUUUCAACAUUAAAGACAUAAUAAAAGUUGGUGUUCAAAACCACAAAUUG